CUUGCCGGGGACGGUGUUUGCGCGAUCCAGACGCGUUCUUUCCGAUUUUUCCGUGCCGUAAACAUGGCGCUUAACCUCACCGUCAAGGUGCAUCCCGUGGUUUUAUUUCAAAUCGUGGACGCGUACGAACGACGAAAAGCGGAAUCCAUGCGCGUUAUCGGCACUUUACUGGGUACCGCGGAGAAGGGGAUCGUCGAGGUAACCAACUGCUUUUGCGUGCCGCACAAGGAAUCCGAGAGCCAGGUGGAGGCCGAUCUCACAUACGGCAUGGACCUGUACGACUUGAAUCAUCGAGUCAACGCGCAAGAGAAUAUCGUCGGUUGGUGGGCCACCGGCAACGAGGUCACUACACACUCGUCCGUUAUCCACGAAUAUUAUGUACGAGAGUGCAAUAAUCCGGUGCAUUUGACUGUUGACACUACGUUGGCGAAUACAACGAGAAUGGGGAUCAAAGCUUACGUUUGUGUCCCGUUGGGUGUGCCUAAUGGCAAGCAAGGCUCCAUGUUCACUCCGGUCAAAGUUCAGAUUGCCUGCUAUGAGCCAGAAGUGGUAGGAUUGCAACUGUGUUCAAAGACUCAAGUGCCAUCUCACGCACAAGCGUCUGGAAUAAAAUCUGCCGGAGGGAUAGAACCCAUGAUGGAUCUUGCGCAAGUCUCUGAGGCUUGUUCCAAGCUUUCUUUAAUGUUGGAACAAGUAUUGGCAUACGUUGAUGAUGUUCUAGCAGGGAAACAGCUGCCAGAUAAUCAAGUGGGCAGGGCCCUUUUGGAUAUGGUACAUUCCGUGCCGAAAAUGACGAGCGAUCAAUUUGACGAUAUGUUUAAUAGCAAUGUUAAAGAUCUGUUGAUGGUUGUUGCGUUAUCUCAAUUGAUAAAAACGCAGCUGCAACUCAACGAGAAACUUACUCUGCUUACGACUCUAUGAUCAAGAGCGUUUGACUCUUCACGUUAUACAUAGCACACAAGAAAAUCAAUAAUAAUAGUCCACUCCUGAUAUGUUUCAAUUAUUUUUAAUACGAUUGAUUGGAAUUACAACAGUAGCUUGUAAAAUUGCGAUUGUAAUUAUAUAAAGUGUAAAAAAUGCGUCAUUGAAUGAUACAAUUAUAUGUACAAUAUGCAUGAAUAAUUACAAUUAUAACAAUAAUAAAUACAAAUUAUUUACUA